AGCUCGGCAUCGAAUGGGACCGAGUACUUCGAGAUUGGAGGAGCAGAAGAGUCAUUUGGAAGACCUUCGAAUGCGGAAUCGAUGCUGGAGGACGAGGAGGAGCUGCUAUGGGCGGCUAUCGAGAAGUUUCCACAGCAUCAGCAGACGAACUUAGCGUUGUUGAGGCGGACUCCGUCGGAGCAAGGGAAAGAGGACUAUAAGACCGAGACGAUCGACGGGCGGAUGUCGGACCAUUUUAGCCGUGAGCUUUUUGUGAGGAAUGCCUUAGCCACCAAUGAACAAGACAACUAUAGGUUGCUCUUUGCCAUUAAAGAGCGCCUCUAUAGAUGGGGCAGCAAUCUCUGAUCUACAGCUUCGUGGCUCGGGGCACGGUGAUCCUAUCCGAGUACACCGAGUUUAUCGGAAAUUUCACCAGCAUCGCCUCCCAAUGCCUCCAGAAGCUCCCUGCUUCCAACAAGAAGUUCACCUACAAGGGCUCGAACGAUGUUGUUAAGUCUAGAGCACUAGCCUUGCAACUCGAAGACGAAGUCCCUGAUGAGUUUGAGCCUGAGGAGCGGGAUCAGAAGAAGAAUAGGAGAAAAAAGAUGCAGAAGAAGAAUCAGGCAACAGAGGACGAUUUUGGUUCUCUUUUUGGUGAUGGCAUAACUGGAAAGCUACCUAGAUAUGCAAAUAAGAUCACUUUGAAGGUACGGAUUAAAUAAUCUUGGCUUGCCCAUAUGGUUGAUCAGAGAAUUCACCGGAAAAAAGUAUAUGUAGUUUCUCUCCGAGUAUAUAUAAUUUUAUGUCGUGAUGAUUUGUGAGAAACAUACCAGUUGCACUAUAAGGCUCAGAUUUGUGGAAAUCUUUGUACGAUCAACAUCCAAUAAUGCAAAUGCAAUGUUACAAAAUUUA